GAGGCCCUUGCAGAGAUCAAGAAGGCCCAGGCCGAGACCCUCGACGCCCGGCAUGCCGCCGUGGCCGCCGUAACCGGCCUCUCCGCCGCCAAUGCCGGGAAUCAAACCAACGCCCCGCCCGUCAUCCCGGAGACUUCAGCCGUGAGGGAAAGCUUCAAGAUGCCACCGCUCUGGGAAACUCAACCGGCUAGGUGGAUUUGCCAGCUUGAGAAUGCGUUCGAUGAUGCACACCCCAGGAUCACCUCCGACAUGGCCAAAUACCAGAAGUUCCGGGGCCUCCUUACAGAGAGAGCCAUCAACGAGUGCUGGGCCGUCAUUGAAGCUGAUGACGCAUCCUUGCCCAACAGGUACGAAACCCUGAAAGCUGCUGUCCUCAAAGCGUUCGAUCUCACUCCUGUUCAGAAGCAUGAGAAGAUGUUUGCCAUUCGGCAACUUGGAGAUCGUUCCGUCACAUCCUUAGUAGGUCAGAUUCGUGCCCUUGAGGCCGACCCUGAGCAGUUUUUCAAAGCGUAUGUGGUCCAUAACUUCCUCCCCGCAGAUGUGAAGUCCAUCAUUGCCUCCGUCGGCUCCAUCAGUUCUCGUUCUCUGGAUGACAUUGUUGAGCAGGCUGAUCGCGUCAUGCAACAGAGGAAAACGACCCCCCACGUGGCUGCAGUCACCGCGGAUGCACCUUCGUGUGACCUUGAUGACUUUGAUGCCCAAUAUGAUGCCCUCCAUGCCCAGCACAUGGAGGUUCUGACCGUUGAAGCCCGUUCCUCUGGACAACUCCUUGAUCCCACUCUAUGCAGGUAUCACGCAAGGUGGGGAAAACUAGCAAGACAAUGCCUCUCACCCUGCUCAUGGACACCUAGAGCUCGCGGUCGCGGCAACAACUACAACAAGGGCAGCGGAGGC